AUGGCUUGCUAUAAUGUCUUCGCUGAUCUUUCGUGGUCUGACUUUACUGAAGCGCAACAGUUAGAUUCUGCCAAUCCACCUUCCUUCGUCGACCACUUGACAAAUGCAAACUUCCUCAAUGAUCCCUUUCUUAUUGAUUUUCCUGAUCUGGCACUCCCGCUUAACUUUCAUCAAGGAUUCUUCCAAGUUUCAGACUCUCCUAGGACACUCUCUAAGCUCGAGGAAAAUACGUCCAUGGCCACCUCGCAUGAGUCUAUCACCGUUGAAGAUCGCCAGAUUUCCAACCUGGGUGAGAAGCACGAGCUCAAAGCGCACACGGAUCUCUUGCAACACAUAUUCAAGGCAAAGCCAUUGGGCCAAGACGAUGGUCACAAAUUACGAGUCUCGGGUGAUGUAAAUACCACUAUCUGUGAAUUCAAAAUCAAUCAAGCAGAGCUCGAAUACGCUGAACGCCUCGGAGAUCCCUCCGUUGCUUUAUUUUUGGAACAUCAUCUUGGUUUCAUGAAAUGGCAUAUCUUCAUCGAAAAUCGCGUCGAUAAAGGGAAAUCCUCAGAGCAGCAAAAAGCUAGUAUCAUUGAUUUUCUAGUCAAGACGGAAAUUAUCAAGGAAGUGUUCCGCAAGUUGCUUCCGCCUGCGUACAGCGAGGUCAAUUAUGCCGUUCAUACCUGGUCCAAGUCGCCCAACGGUAGAAUUGUCCUUACUCGAGCAAACGUCUUUACACUUUCUGGCUGGUCUAAAGCCUUCUUUUCAUACUGGAGUCGUCGUGCGGAACACCUUGCCUUAUUCUCCCUUCACGACGAUCGCUUGCGCAUCAUUGGCUCAGAGCUUGAGCGACGCCUGUCACAAGACUGUCACGACCUUGACUUCACUACCAAUACUGUAGUGCAGUCUCUCAUCCAAAUGACAACUAGAAAGCUCGACGCGGUGCUCAAGAUGACAAAAGAUCGUACGGGUCUGAAUCCCACAAAGCUGCGAGGGAAGCACUCUAUCCUGGAUGCGUAUGUGGUGGCCAAGGAUCGGUUCCUAGCUUCAAAUCAUUCUACAUCGCGUUCCAGUGCUGCUUCUCCGCUUGGACACACCAGUGAUAGUCGUCGAUAUGAUCCUAUUUCUUCAGUUAUCAAUCCAGUCUCCCCUAAUCUGUCUGCCCAUCUCGAAUCGUCUCUGGUCUCUUCCUCAAAAAAUCUACGUCGUAAUGCAAAAUCUACUCCAGGGCGAAGCGUGUUUAAACUUCAGCAUACCGUCGUUCCAGCUGUGGAGGUAUCCGAAGACCAAUUAGAUUUUCAGUUCGAGUGGCAAAUGAAUUGA